AUGAAGGCCUCACAUGGCUUGAUCCCCUUACUCCUUACAGCCGCGGCUGCGUUUAAAGGGGGCCCAGGCAAAGGCGGCAAGUUUGGGAUUGGCGGUGGCGAUGGGGGUGGCCAUGGAGGUGGCGGUUGGUUCGGUGGAAAGGGCGGUCAUGGAGGUCACGAUGACGAGUCUGGUCACAGCGACGUGGCCAAGGACAGCAAAGGUCCCUCGGAUCACGCUGGCGGCGGCAUGAAGCCUCACCUCCCGCCCCCGGAGCCAUUGUGCCAUGAGGCAGAAACUGUCACGGAGACAGCCACAAAGUGGGCGACUGCAACGGAGUGGGCAACAAAGACAGCCUCGGAGUGGGAGACAACCACGGAGUGGGAUCCAGCCACGGAGACAGCCACGAAGUGGAAGACCGCAACGGAGUGGGAAACCACAACGGAGUGGAAUACCGCAACGGAUUGGGCGACGAAGACAGCCUGGGAGUGGGAGACAACCACGGAGACAGCCACGGAGUGGGAGACCGCAACGGAGUGGGAGACCGUAACGGACUGGGAGACCACAACGGAGUGGAAUACCGCAACGGAAUGGAAUACCGAAACGGAGUGGAAUACCGCAACAGAGUGGUAUACCGCAACGCAGUGGAAUACCAUGACGGACUGGUAUACCGCAACGGAGUGGUAUACCGCACCGGAGAGUCCCCAGGAAUAUAUAACAUACGUGAGAGCACCUCGUUUCCCAACUGAGCCUUGUGCACCCGCGAAUGCUGACCCCGGGAACGCCGACCCGGUGAACUGCCCGGUGAACUAUUUGACCAUUACUGAGUAUUAUAACGAUAUCAAGACUGCCCCAGGAGUUUGCGACCCGCCUUUUUCGUCUACUAUUUGGCUAUCACAGAUAGACACGAUUUAUAUAACGGAAACAGACUGGGCCACAUCUACAUCAAUUGUGACAGAAUGGGAUCAGGCUUCACCCGUUGCCGGGCAGGAUCCGCCAGCAGCCACCAUCGUCAGCACCAUUGCAGAUUUCUCAAUUACGCGGGGUGUGAACCCCAUCACCACCACUGUCACACGGGUCAACUCGGCUGCCUGGAGUAACGGCAAAAGCAGCCCCUGGGUCUCGAACGUUGGAAGCAGCGCGUACUAUGUAAGCAAGCCCUGGUCCACGGACGCUGCAGGCAGCGUGUACUAUACAAGCAGCAUGUACUAUGCAAGCAGCCCCUGGGCCACGAACGUUGCAAACAGCCCGUCAAGUAACGGCGGACCUGCUGCCUCGGCUUCGAACAUCGGAAGCGGCGGCUCCAACAACGGCGGAGCCAGCAGUGCCUUGAGUAACGGCGGGAUCAUUAUUGCCACCUCGGCUUCAAAUGGACCAAACAGCGCCCCGAACUCGCAGGCGACGCCCACUACGAACUCUGCGAGUGACCAAGCGACCGUUGUCACAUUCGCGUACGGCUCGAACACGUAUACAUCGAUCUUCAGUUCAUCUCCUCCUGCUGGGUACCCGAGGUCUAGUGCGACAACGGUAACCUCCAACGCGGCUGUUUCUGGGCCACCGUCCGAGGAUGGUGCUGCCGGAACAGCGUCGGGCACACUGGUCAUGGGCGGUUUGAUGGUUGUGGCCAUGUUGGCGCUUCUUGGAUAA